AACAAUGGGGAAUCGUGCUCUGUUAGCAGAGUAUUCUGUAAUGGUCUUUCUGGUCAUUUUGGGCCAUUCCCAACUAGUCACUAGUCAGUUGGCAUCUCAGGGUCCCCAGGGGGUGGCUGGUCCUCCGGGACCCCAGGGACCCCCAGGGACCCCAGGAAUUCCAGGCACCCCAGGAUUACCUGGUUAUCCAGCAUUUCAAUGCAACCAAGUGACUUCAGAGAGAGCUACAUCGUCAGGUGUAACUCCGCUUCAGACAGCCUUUACAGUAAAGCUCACAAAGCACCAUCCAGCUACCACAUCGCCAACAAUAGUCAUAUUUGACUACAGUAUAACUAACCUGGGCAACAACUACGACACAAACACUGGAGUGUUCACUGCCCCGAGGAAAGGCACUUACUUCUUUAGUAUCCACACCCUAACUAAUACCAACCAAAAUGUGGACCUAUGGAUUGAGAAGAAUGGGGUCAGAAUUGUCACCAGUUAUGGGAACUCUGGACAGUGUGCCUGUGCCUUUGCCAGUCUGGGGAACAGCGUCACGCUGCAGCUGAUAGCCGGAGACAAAAUAACAGUCAAGGCAGCAGGUGGGGAAAUCAAUGGUGAUUCAAACCAUUCACAUUCUACUUUCACUGGAUAUCUCAUUUACUCUGGUUAAGACUCAAUGCCACCAUUGCCUACAGACUUGCUUAAUUUUAUCAAAGUCAGUUCCAUGUCCAAGAAGUGGGCUACUUGUUGUAAUGGGCAAUCUAUCAAAUGUAUUAGCUUUCUGACACUUUUUAAUUUUUGCUAAAUCAAGAAAUUAUGCAAAGCUUCAACAGUACUUCUCCUCUUUCAAUGUCCUAAGGACCCUGAUCCUUCAAGAUGUUUUUCCACACCACAGUACCACAUAUAGCUGGUCAAUAAAUUCAAACAAUAUAAAUAUGAAAUAAUUUUGUUCAAACCAAUAUUUUUAGUAACACUUUCAACCUCUGAUUCAAAAGUUUUAGAAACUUUACUGGCCUAGUGUUGAAAAGUAUAUUUCAGUGAGUAACAAAAAUGACAAAUUGUGAAAUUUUUAAGUGAAAUAUUAGAGUGAGAGAGAUGUUUGACAAUUUUAAGUAAUCAACCAAGCUGUCACAGUUUUUACUUACAAACCAAAGUGUUCAUCAGAGACGUGGCACCUGGAUACAUCAUUCUUCUUCCAAAUGUGUGUGCUACCACAUAGCUGAAAACACCAUUAACUCAACUGAAUGUAACAAAGACUGCAUUGUAUGGUCAGUUACAGUGACAAUUUUUUCCUAACUACAGGUAAUAAAUUAAUUUUACAUUCAAAUUGCAUUGUAUUAGGAUAAUAUUAUGCAAGUGACUCGGUUGGAUCCCAGAAUAC